AUGACGCUGCCCUCCACGGAAUGGCUCUUCGGGAUUAACGAAAGAGCUGCAACAUCUGUUCCUCGCACACUGCAUUCCAAAGGCGGCCGGAGCAAAACCAUCAAUCCACUUUUGUUAGCAGGCACGUGUUGGGAGAGGCAGACGAAGGCAGGGUUGAAAACAAUCCGUUCUCGGCAAAGAGCUCUUUCAAGGACACUAAUGGGGCCCCAUGGAAUGGAUCGCCACAUGCAUUGCUUUGACUUCUACGACUGUGCCAACGGGUUGGGUAUUAAAGUGAUUGGUGGCAUUAAAGAAUUCACUGGAGAGGAAUAUGGAGUUUAUGUCAAGAGAAUCCUACCGGGGGGAGUUGCUUACAUUGAUGGCCGCCUGCAACCAGGAGAUCAGAUCUUAGAAGUGAAUGGGGAAAGCCUGAUUGGCGUCACAAAUGAGAGAGCUGUGGACAUCCUCAGGACAGCCUCUGGCACCAGCUACAUGCGCCUUCUUGUCACCCGAGAUGACGAUGCUCGCAAGGAAUUCUCUGAACUGCUGGAAAAAUUUGGAUCUCAUAGCAGCAUAGGUUCUGCUCACAGUUCACCUAUUUCCCAUGGAGGCGGCAGCUCCUUGGGAAGCACGUCCUCAGGGUCCUCAUCUUGUUCCCAGAGUCCUCUGUUGCUGAGCCCAGCACAUUCCCAUGGGGUGCUUUUUGGAAAUGCAGGACACCCCUGCCACUCAAUCUCACAUUGUUCCAUUGGAUCUGGGAUCCAGAGCAUCUCCAUAGGAAAGUUUUCCAACUUGGGGUUAACCAUUGGUGGAGGAACCAACCGAUCAGAUGGACCAAUGAUUUACAUCCAAGACCUACAACCAGAAGGGGAUUGCAAUACGGAUGGGCGCCUGCAAGUAGGAGACCAACUAAUUGCCAUCAAUAAAGACUCACUGGUGGGUGUCACACAUGAGGAGGCUAAAAGAGUCAUUGCAAAGACUUUGUUCAGACAUGAAGGAAACACAGAAGUGGCCUUCAUUCCAGGAAGAGGAGAACUGCAUCCAGGACACUGUGCAAACAACAGUGCCCAUUCAUUGCCCAUAAGACUGGGGGACAACAGCUUGGCCUCUUGCAGGUGGAAAGUCCACGUGAGGUCCCCUGAGAGCAGACGCAACAGCCACUUCCCUGUGCCUUCUCCAUCCCCAGAUAUCUGCCCACCAGAGUGCAUCAUUUCUGCUCCUGCUUCUCCUUCAAACCAGGUAUCGUCUUCGGCCCCCAAGCCUAAAGUACCCCUGGACCCUCACUUGCGCCUCAAGGAUGGCAAACUUGAAUUGAUGCUACAGUACUUAAACCUAGAUGUGAGUGAAGAGAAGAAAAGGCAGCUAUGGCAGAGACUGGCAACCGACUCCCAGGGCACGGUGGCCUAUGGAGACUUCCUCCAAGUUCUCAAGGACUUGCUGCCAGAAGAUGACACAGGUCUCCAUUCAAAUUCUGCGCUCUUCACUCCGCACGAAGUGGCUACUUUGCUGGAUGUGUCAGCUUUCCAUUCUCCGAUGCCUGAUUCUCUAAGCUGCAAUGAGAAUGAGAAGCUGGACCACCUACAGCUGGAAAUGGGGGGGCUACAGCAGGAGAUCCAGAGGUUAAAGUCUCUCCUGAAGGAGGUGGAAAGUGACAAGAAGUCUAAGGAAGAUGAGCUUCAGAGAUUGAAUCAGAAGGCACAGGGCUUCCUUCAAGAGAACCAAUGUCUACAGAACAAGGUGCAAGCUGCUGAAGUGCUCCAGUGGCAAGCCCAGACCGCGGAGCAAGAUUACAAAGAAGUUAUCCAUUUGCUGGAAGCUGAGAUUAUGGAGCUGAAAACCCAGCUGAUGGGGAAGAAAGACAAGCAGCUUUUGGAAGCAGAGAGUGAUGCCUUAGUAAUGAAGCAACACCUAUCCUUGGUGAAUGAGCAGUUACAGAAGUCUGAAGUUGCCCAGAAACACCUGGAAAUUUACAACAGGAAACUUCUUUUGUUCGUUCAGCAUGCCCACCAAUUCCUGAACACGUCCUGCUUGUUUCCUGAGAAGAGGACUGACAGCCAAGAGGAUGAGGACAAGACAGCAGAAAUCUCAGAAACGACCCUUCUUUCUUCAGAUCUUGCCAGAUUGUUGAUAACAGAAGGCAAUGAACUGUUGGAGCCCAGCUCCUUGUCAAAUGCUACAAGAGAUGCUCUGCUGCAAGACUGGGACAGCUGCCAAGCUGAUGAGAGAACCCCCAGCUACGAAUACUGA